CUAUAGGCUCCAGUAACUAAAGGGAGAAAAGAUUUGAAAUAAAAACAUUACUUUUUAUAGGGUUAAACUUAACAUCAUGUUAAUUUAAUGCUUUUAUUUCAAAUCUCUUCUCUUAUAGUUGCUGGAACCUAUAGGGUUAAACAAGCUUGUUGUAGGAAUAAAGGCAGGUAGAAAGUAAACACUGAUAGGCUGUAAUACAUUUCAAAAGGGACAUUUCUAGAGGAUGUGAUACAGGUGAACUGUGUCUCACCUAGACGUCAUCAACCGGGGAACAGGUGAACUGUGUCUCACCUAGACAUCAUCAACCGGGGAACAGGUGAACUGUGUCUCACCUAGACCUCAUCAACCAAGUACUGGGAAACCUUUGUGUUGUUUUUGAGCUGCUGCACCAGUAAACAGAGAGAGAAAUCAAGUUUUAUCUAGAGGGGCCAGGCUGAAACUUGUGAAGAUGGAUUCCUUACUGCGCAGUGAAAAGAUGACCUUGUGUCAGAUGUUCCUGCAGUCUGAGGCAGCUUACACAUGUGUAUCAGAGCUGGGGGAGCUAGGACUGGUACAGUUUAGAGAUCUGAACCCUGAUGUAAAUGCUUUCCAAAGGAAGUUUGUAAAUGAGAUUAGGAGAUGUGAGGAAAUGGAAAGAAAAUUACGGUUUUUGGAAAAAGAAAUCAAUAAAGACGGCAUCCCAAUGCUGAACACUGGAGACAACCCAGAUGCCCCUGCUCCCAGAGAGAUGAUUGAUCUGGAGGCAACCUUUGAAAAAUUGGAAAAUGAAAUGAAAGAAGUCAACUCAAACUCAGAGGCCCUGAAGCGCAACUUUCUUGAGCUGACUGAACUCAAGCACAUACUUAGGAAAACACAGACAUUCUUUGAUGAGGCACUGUUCAACUACCAGGCUCUGCAUGACCCAAGUAUAACAGAGGAGAGGAUUGGUCUGCUUGGAGAUGAACAACAACCUAGAGCUGGGCAGCCAAUGAGAUUAGGGUUUGUUGCUGGUGUAAUUUUACGAGAAAGAAUUCCAUCCUUUGAGGUGAUGCUGUGGCGAAUUUGUCGUGGCAAUGUUUUCCUGAGGCAGGCUGAAAUUGAUUCCCCCAUGGAGGACCCCAUCACAGGUGACAGUGUGCACAAAUCUGUCUUUAUUCUGUUUUUCCAAGGAGAACAAUUGAAAGCUCGAAUUAAAAAAAUUUGUGAAGGGUACCGCGCUACACUGUACCCAUGUCCUGAAACUCAAACUGAAAGACGAGAGAUGGCCAUAGGUGUCAUGACUAGGAUAGAAGACCUGAAUACUGUGCUGGGCCAAACUCAGGACCACCGCCACCGUGUUCUGGUGGCGGCUGCCAAAAAUAUCAAAGUCUGGUCCAUCAAGGUGAGGAAGAUCAAGGCCAUCUACCACACCCUGAACAUGUUCAACCUGGAUGUCACCCAGAAGUGUUUGAUUGCUGAGUGCUGGUGUCCAGUCUCUGACCUGGACCGCAUCCAGCAGGCGCUACGUCGGGGGACUGAACGAAGUGGCAGCAGUGUCCCCUCCAUCAUCAACCGCAUGCAGACACGUAUGGUCCCCCCCACCUACAACCGCUGCAACAAAUUUACCCAAGGUUUUCAAAACAUAGUCGAUGCUUAUGGUGUCGCUUGCUACACUGAAAUUAAUCCAGCUCCGUUCACGUGUAUAACAUUUCCAUUCCUGUUUGCCGUGAUGUUUGGUGACAUGGGCCAUGGCAUGAUUAUGUUUCUGUUUGCUUUGUUUUUGGUGCUCAAAGAAAAGGCUUUAGAAGCAAGGAAGAACCAGAAUGAGAUCUUUGGAACCUUCUUUGGGGGUCGCUACAUCAUCCUGUUGAUGGGAGCAUUCUCCGUGUACACUGGGUUCAUUUACAACGACAUCUUCUCCAAACCUUUCAACUUCUUUGGUAGCCAGUGGAGCCUGAAUAAAACAGAUCCAAGAUAUCUGGUAGUCUCUCACUCAGACAAGCCCUACUUGCUACAACUUGACCCCAAGUUCACUGCACUGGGGGACACAUAUCCUAUAGGAAUGGACCCGCUGUGGCAAAUGUCUGACAACAAGAUAGCCUUCACCAAUUCUCUCAAGAUGAAGAUGUCUGUCAUCCUUGGAGUCUCACAAAUGUUUUUUGGUAUCAUCCUCGGCUACUUCAACCACCGCCACUUCAAGAAACCACUGAACAUCAUCUUUGAUUUCAUUCCCAUGAUGCUCUUCCUGUUCUGCAUGUUUGGCUACCUGAUCAUCCUGCUGUUUGUCAAGUGGACCAAGUAUCCAUCCACAGAGUCCCAUGAAGCUCCCAGUCUGCUCAUAGGUCUAAUCGACAUGUUUCUGUUCAACUACGGCAAGUAUGUAUCACCUGGCUCACAUAUAACAGGUGAUCAAAAGCAGUUUAUUUACUCUGGCCAGCAAGGACUUCAGAGUUUCCUGGUCGUGAUAGCUGUUCUCUGUGUACCUUGGAUGAUGCUAGGAAAACCAUUUUACCUGCGAUACAUCAAUAAAUAUGGACAGGAAGUACCAAAGAGCCAGGAGGAAGAAGAUGAAGAAGUAAUGUUUAUAAACCUGACUAUCAGAGCCAGUACUAAUGGCUCAUCUGCUACUAACAGCAGUAACACUAGCUCUAGUGAGAUACAAUUUUCAAUACCUCGUUGGUUCAAGCACCAACCCCUGUCAGUCAACAGUGGAGAUCUGCUGGGUGGGGAGGAGGUGGUCCACAACCUGGAGACCAACGGCCCCUUACACACAGAGGAGGGGGUGGAGGAGGAGCAUUUCAAUUUUAGUGAAACUUUUAUCCAUCAAGUCAUCCACACCAUUGAGUUCUGCCUGGGCUGUAUUUCUCACACCGCCUCGUACCUGCGUCUCUGGGCUCUCUCCCUUGCACAUGCUCAACUUUCUGAGGUCCUCUGGCAGAUGGUGCUGCGGAUUGGCUUUGGUUUGCCCUACCCUUGGGGAGGCUUUGCUCUGGUGGUGGUCUUCCAGAUCUGGGCUGGCAUGACCGUGGUCAUUUUAGUUCUCAUGGAGGGGUUGUCUGCCUUCCUUCAUGCUCUUAGGCUCCACUGGGUGGAGUUUCAGUCCAAGUUUUAUGAUGGCACAGGGCACUUGUUCACCCCCUUCUCCUUCUCUAACCUUGUGGACACAGGUUUAGAGGACUGACCACCUGAUGAUGACCAGUACUUGUUGUAGUGAUUAAGUGUAUAGAGUAGACAAGAACCUUGUUGUUUUAAAUGGUCUGUGAUUUUUCUUAUGGUUUUAAGCUUGUUUGAUUCACGUACCAAAACUUCAUUGGGUUUAACUAAUUUUGUCAUUAAUUUUAUUAUUCUUUUGAUAUUUUUUUUCCUUAUUUAUUUAUUGUAGAGAAUGAAAUUGACAGUUGUUUAUCCUCAUCCAUGGCUUAUGGCUUGACAUUAACCACACAAAAAUUACCUCAGUGAUGCAUAAGGUUUAGAUAUUCUCCAGUGCUAUUCAUGCAGCAGCUGACAGACUAUUUUAAAAUUUUGUUUUGAAUUUAACAUGACUUCCAUCUUGACUGGAUAUUUAGAGGUCUACUAAGUUUCACUGUAGCAAAAAGAUAACUCCGGUGUUUUAAAUAGAAUACUUAACAUUAGGAACUUGCUGUGCAUUAAAUCAUAAUUGAAUUAUCAAUCAUUGCUGUAUAAAACCUCCAUUUAGGUAGAAAAUCUACUAAAUAGAUAUUCAAUUAUGCUAUAUUAAUCAUUAGUCAUGUUUCUUUGAUUCAAGUUUUACUUCUUUAAAUUCUUAUUUAAUUGAUUUUUUAAAAUUAGUACAGAUAUUUAAUUAUUACAGAAGAGCUAUUGUAUAUAUUAUUGGAUCUGACUACAUAGAAUUUUUGUCUAAACCUUGAUUCAACUCUCACAUGUAACCUAUGCCAGAUAACUUAAUUUUGUUUGCUUACCUUAUCAAGCAUUCGCUUUAGAUAUUUAUCUGAGUUUAUUUUUUAUUAUAUUAAUUAUUUUAUAAAAUGACUAUGGCCUAAAAAAGUUUAUUAGACAUCUUAAGUUAAAUAGAUCUAGCAAUCCUGGGCUUAACAGCAAGAUCGGUUUUAUUACCUAUAAAAACUGGCUUCUGGGUUAAUUUUAAAAAUUAAUUGAAGAACUUAAAUACUGCCUAUUUGAUAAUUAUUUAAUGAAUGCCAGAAUUUAUGUUUGUUUAUUCUUGAAUUUUUGUUUUAACACACUAUUAGUAUAGGACUGUCAUGGGACAUUACCAUGUUAAUAAUUCAUGUUGUCUACAGUUAAUUGGUUACAGUCAGCUAAACAUUUUUUUCCUGUAAUGAAUUAAUGUUCCUUUCCAACUUUUGUUGAUUAUUUACAAGUGUAAAUGUAAAAUCUAUUUUUAGAAAGAAAUGUUGUUUUCUGUUGCAACAAAUUUAAGAGAUGCUCAUUAACUGGACUAACAUGUUUGAGGGAUGAAAAUGAACUGACAAGUUGUAAGAGAUAUUCCCUGUCAUCUGGCCAUCUGUUCUUUUAACCUAAAAGAUAUUUGUCUACAAAUGUUUGUGAGUAGGACUACUGAGUGACUGAAAGAUUUUCUUCAACAUGUUUGGUUUACUUGUACACUUCAGUUUCUUUUUGUAAAAUCACAAGAAUUUUGUCAUCCAUAGGACCACAUGUACUUGAAGCCAAUUAGGUUUUCUGACAUUGAACUACAGUGGCAGAGUUUUGCUUUUUUAAUAACCUACAAUAAAUGAGAGCUAGUCACUAGGUAGAUCAUAACCACUUCUAAAAUUUGGUUUGUAAGAUUGUGUGCAAUUUUAUUUUCUCUUACUGAUAUUCAGCUCAAGCUUUUAUUUUGUAUUACCUGCAUUUGAUUUCUCUUUAUGAGUAACUUGCAUUCAUUGUGGGCUCUGUUAUGUGAUCUCAUGUCAAUCUUGUCAAGGGAAAUAACUAAGAUUAAUCUUUCAAGGGAAACUACUGUACAUUUUAAAUUUGGGGAGCUAACAAAAGAGAGGAAGCUGUUUUAAAAGAAUUUAUUUCUUGUCGCAUCUUUAUUUAAUUGUUACAAGUUUAAUUAUCAAUAGUUUAUCUUGUGUUAUUUCUAAACAUUCAAACCUUUUAUGUACCAUUCUACUGUUGAAUUCAUGUUUUAUUUUAUAGCUUUAGACUGUACCCAGUAUUGAUUUGUUUUAUCUAAAUCUACUGUAUUGUGAAUAUAUUUUUUGUUUAACUUAGUUCAUUUAAGACUGUGGGAGUUGUAAUAAAACCAACCUAAGCACCUACUCUUCAUUGCAUUUUAGUUCAUUGUAUAGCACAAUAAAUUAAAACUAUUUAGCACAUGUAAAGAUGAAUUCCAUCCUAGUGUAUUAUAUAUUUAACUGAUCCUAGAACUUACAUCUAUUAAAGUGUCAGCUGUGUGUAGGUCUGUGCUGCUUUAAAAUCAUUUGUGACAACUAACCAUGGCUUCAUCACUAAUGUUUUUGUUUGAGUCAGUUGUUGCUUGCUACAGUUUGGAUCACUGAAAUCACAUAAGGAACUAUUACAAUUAAAAAUUUUACCGUUUGUUUUUUUAAAAUCAAUAUAUAUAUAUAUAUCACAUCUCCACAUUUUUGCUAAUUAUCAAGUAAUUUACAGUAGCUGAUAUGUUUCAGUAUGUUAUAAGACAUGACUGGUUUUCUCAAGAAUAUUUAAUUUUUGCAGUUUAUUAAUUUAUUACCUGUUUGACAAUGUUAUAGACCAAGCAAAAUUUGUUUAAAUUGAUGUUUGAUGGCACUUGUUUAGUAUCCUGUGUAAUAGACAGUUACUGUGAGCUAGCAAUGAAAUCUUUAGUUACCCUUUUGUUGCAGGCUUGUGUAAAGAUGUAGAACUGGUGUAGCAACCUUUGUUGGUGCCAAAUUUUUGUACAUUUGUGUUCAUUGUUUAAUUCCAUGGUUUUAAAUAAAUUGGUGUAAGCAACAUUU